AUGCCGAAGUCACAACACUUGCCCCGGCGGAAGGGGGCCUCCCCGGUCAAGCCCGGGUCCCGGAGGCACUCUACGCCCGUCAUCCAUGCCUUCGACUACAAGAACAACAUGCCGGUGGCCAUCAAGAUCAUCCGCAACAAGAAGCGCUUCUACCAGCAGGCCCUGGUGGAGGUCCGAAUCCUGGAGGCCACCAAGAAUGCCGACCCGGCGCACAACAUUGUCCGCCUUUACGAGUACUUCGUCUUCCGCAACCACCUGUGCCUGGUGUUCGAGUUGCUGGGCAAGAACCUGUUCGAGUGCGCGAAGCGCAACAAGUUCCGUGGCUUCCCGACCCCCAUUGUCCAGAGCAUCACCUCGCAGAUGCUCAGCUGCCUCACAUCAAGAUGA